AAUCACCUCGGGGUUUUUUUUAUUUUUUUCUUAAACAAACCAAAAACCACUAAAAAUUUUGAAAAAAUGUUUUUUUUUCUUAGUUUUGGUUAUAAAAUUUUGUAAAUAAGUGAUUUUUCUCCUUCACUGAUGUGCGCUAAUGAGGUUGCAGUGAUGGGCACUGAUGAGGAGGCACUGAUGGGCACUGAUAUGUGGCAUUGAUGUGCACUGGUAGGCACUGAUAUGUGACAUUGAUGUGCACUGGUAGGCA